AUGGGUUUUCAUCCGAUUUGGUGUGAUUGGAUUAAAUGUAUUCUUCAUUCUUCUAGAGCCACGGUCUUGGUUAAUGGCUCGCCGACCUUCGAUUUUAGUUGUGAAAAGGGUCUCCGUCAAGGUGAUCCGUUGUCGCCUUUUCUAUUCUUGAUUGUGAUGGAAUCUCUUUCUUGGUUAUUGGAGAAAGCUAAAGAUAUUGAUGUUCUUAAAGGAGAGUGGUCGCGUGAAAGUAUUCAGAGUAUUGCCAAGAUUCUUCGUAUUUUUUAUCUAUGUUCGGGUCUUCGUAUAAAUCUUCAUAAGUCGAAUAUUUUUGGAGUUGGUACGGAAGAGUCAGAGGUGGAUAAUAUGAUGGAAUUCUUGGGUUGUAAAAGAGGAGGGAUUCCUUUUGUCUACCUAGGAAUCCAAGUUGGGGCUAAGAUGACUCGUAUUAGCAAUUGGGACCCGGUUAUUGAAGUUAUAAGAGCUCGUCUUGUGUCGUGA